AUGCAGUUCUCAACUCUCUUCGGAGCCGUAGCCCUCGUUGCCGGAUUGGUCUCGGCCGCGCCUGCAUCAGAGCAACCCGCCGUCAAGCGCCAGAAUUGGCAGCAGUGCCCAAAGGCAGGCGAUCGGUGCACAAACAUCUUGGGAGGAGUUGGCGGUUGCGUUUGCGGUCUCAACCUUGACCCUAGAUACAACUGCGUUUGCGUUUAA